GUGGCUGCUCCCAGGGACUCCUCCCCCUGCUCCCGGAAGGAAUCAAGCUAAGAAAAUAAAUACUCUUGGGGUUUCGUCCUGCUGUGGGAGCAAAGAGGAGAAUUCUCUAGCGAGUGAAUCCAAGGAGCUACAACUAUGGCAGGAAAGCCCCUAUUUCAUUAUGAUGAUGCCCGGGGCAGAAUGGAGUCUGUCCGGUGGCUCUUGGCUGCGGCUGGAGUAGAUGUAAGUUUUGAGACGUAUGAAGAGAAAUUUAUACACACCAAUGAGGACUUGGAGAAGUUAAGAAGUGAUGGAGUUUUGAUGUUCCAGCAAGUGCCCAUGGCGGAGGUGGACGGAAUGAAGCUGGUGCAGACCAGAGCCAUUCUCAACUAUUUUUCCAGCAAAUACAACCUCUAUGGGAAGGACAUGAAGGAGAGAGCCCUGAUUGAUAUGUAUUCGGAAGGUUUGGCAGAUUUGAAUGAGAUGUUUAUUGAAUACCCAUACGACCCACCUGGGGUCAAGGAAGCAAAUAUUGCCCUGAUGAAAGAGAAAGCGGCAAACCGUUACUUUCCUGCCUUUGAAAAGGUGUUAAAGAGCCAUGGACAAGACUUCCUUGUUGGCAACAAGCUGAGCAAGGCUGAUAUUCACCUGGUUGAAAUGAUCUACAACAUGGAAGAACUGGAUGCCAACAUUAUAGCCAACUUUCCUCUGCUUCAGGCUCUGAAAACCCGAAUUAGUGACAUGCCCACCAUAAAGAAAUUUCUGCAGCCUGGCAGCCAGAGGCAGCCUCCUGUUGAUGAGGAAAGAGUACUAAAAGCAAGGAAGAUUUUCAAGUUUUAAUGAAGUAACAUAAACCCAGCACUACACCUGAAUACCGAUCCUGAAGACUGAGACAGUGAGCUUUCUCACUUACUUGUAUUAAUGAAAUAAUGGGCUCCCAUGACACAGUUUAAUGGAAACUUUCUUACUAGGAUAUGCUAUGAGAUUGGGUUUUCUAAUUUCCUGACUUAACCAUUUCCUGUAAUAAAAUGAAAAUUUUAAUAAAAAAUGAAGAUCAUG